UUUGUGUUCAGUUUUUUUUUCUUUUCUCUUUGAUACUUCAUCCUCCUCUGUGUCGUCGACGUCAAUGGCGGUGCACACUGUUCGAUCACUCGCCACUCAUCUUCACACUGGAACCUCCAGAAACAUCUCACCAUCCCAUCGCAAUCCAAACGCUGCCAUCCGACUCAGCUACAGAUCACCAAAACUACGCCGUUUCAUAUCUGUAUCGUCAUCACUCCGUGAAGGCAACGAACAUGGCAAAGAAAACUCCGUGAGAGCUCUGGAAGUAAAGAAUAUUCCUGAAGAAUCACCUCUCCUUCCUAAGGCCUUAUCAUCAAACCAGCUCGCGGAACCUGUCUCCAACGGCUCCCGUGUUCGUGUAGCCUAUCAGGGAGUAAGAGGUGCGUACAGUGAAUCAGCAGCUGAGAAGGCAUAUCCAAACUGUGAAGCUGUUCCCUGCGAAGAGUUUGACACUGCAUUUGAGGCGGUUGAGCGGUGGCUUGUUGACCGAGCAGUUUUGCCAAUUGAGAACUCUUUGGGUGGAAGCAUCCAUCGAAACUACGAUCUUUUGCUGAGACACAAUCUGCAUAUUGUUGGGGAAGUUAAGUUAGCUGUUCGUCACUGUUUGUUGGCUAACCAUGGUGUAAAGCUUGACGGUUUGAGAAGAGUGUUAAGCCAUCCACAGGCUCUAGCUCAAUGUGAAAACACGUUGACUAGAUUGGGAUUGGUCAGAGAAGCGGUAGAUGACACUGCUGGUGCUGCAAAGCUAAUUGCAUUAGAAGGUUUGAGUGAUGCAGCAGCAGUUGCCAGCGCCAAAGCUGCAAAGAUAUAUGGAUUGAGCGUAGUUGCUGAAGAUAUCCAGGAUGACUCUGAUAACGUUACGAGGUUUCUGAUGCUCGCAAGGGAACCUAUUAUCCCUGGAACUAACAAACUUUUUAAGACAAGUAUAGUUUUCUCGUUGGAGGAAGGGCCUGGAGUGCUUUUCAAAGCACUUGCUGUGUUUGCACUUAGGCAAAUCAAUCUCACAAAGAUGGAAAGCCGCCCUUUAAGGAAAACCCCUAUGCGAGCAUCUGGUGGGCUAAAAUACUUUGAUUAUCUUUUCUAUGUGGACUUCGAAGCAUCUAUGGCUGAUGAAGUUGCUCAAAACGCACUUAGGCAUCUCGAGGAAUUUGCUACUUUUUUGCGGGUACUGGGAAGCUAUCCAGUGGACACUACAAUGCUCUAAUCAUUUCCAACAUAUCCAAUGUAUAAGAGCUUUUGACAUAUGGUGACGGCCAAGGAGUCACCGGUUCACCUUGCGAGACAUUGCUCUCCAGUUUCCUUAAUUUUAAUCGUUUCUUCUUUAGAAGAUAAGCUCUGUUGUUUUAGAAGUAAGAAUAGUAAGAUAUCAAAAAACAGGAUUAAAACAGAGUCAUAUAUUCAAAAACAAGAUUAAAGAACCUAUAUACACUUUUAUGGUGUUUGCAUCCAUAAAUA